CACAAACAAUGUUUUCUUUCUAUGCGGCGAAAUCAGGAGAAAAUAUAAAGUAAAAUUAAUCAAAUUACCAGUGUAAAUUCGAAGGCUUACGUAUCUAUCUCGCCUUAACAUUAAAUAUCUUAACAUUAAAUCUAUAAAAUGCGCGAGUGUAUCUCCAUUCAUGUGGGUCAGGCUGGAGUUCAGAUCGGUAACGCGUGCUGGGAGCUGUACUGUCUGGAGCACGGAAUGCAGCCGGACGGGCGCAUGCCCACCGACCAGACCACCUCCGGCGGAGAUCAGUCCUUCAGGACUUUCUUCAACGAGACCGGCGCCGGGAAAAGUGUGCCCAGAACUGUGUUCGUGGACCUCGAACCCACCGUCGUUGAUGAGGUUCGAACUGGAACAUAUAGACAGCUGUUUCACCCAGAGCAGCUGAUAACUGGGAAAGAGGACGCUGCCAAUAAUUACGCCAGAGGCCAUUAUACCACUGGCAAGGAAAUAGUAGAUGUGGUAAUUGACCGUGUUCGCAAACUGUGUGACCAGUGCACUGGACUACAAGGAUUCCUCAUCUUCCACAGUUUUGGCGGUGGAACUGGUUCGGGUUUUGCUUCACUGCUGAUGGAGAGGCUGUCUGUUGAUCAUGGCAAGAAAGCUAAGCUCGAGUUUGCAGUUUACCCUGCACCUCAGGUUUCCACCGCAGUGGUAGAGCCCUACAAUUCUAUUCUGACCACACACACCACCCUGGAGCACUCAGACUGUGCUUUCAUGGUGGACAACGAGGCCAUCUAUGAUAUCUGCCAAAACAACCUGGACAUAGAGCGGCCCACGUACACCAACCUCAACCGCCUCAUUGGGCAGAUUGUGUCAUCGAUCACCGCCUCCCUGCGAUUCGACGGAGCUCUCAACAUCGAUCUGACAGAGUUCCAAACCAACCUGGUGCCGUACCCUCGCAUCCACUUCCCCCUGGUCACAUACGCCCCGGUGAUCUCCGCAGAGAAGGCAUACCACGAGCAGCUGUCCAUCAUGGAAAUCACCAACUCCUGCUUUGAGCCAGUCAAUCAGAUGGUGAAGUGCGACCCUCGGCACGGGAAGUACAUGGCUUGCUGUAUGCUGUACCGUGGAGAUGUGGUUCCAAAGGACAUCAAUGCUGCCAUUAGAAGCAUAAAGGCCAAGAGGACCAUUCAGUUUGUUGACUGGUGUCCCACAGGGUUCAAGGUUGGUAUAAACUACCAGCCGCCAGCUGUGGUUCCAGGAGGCGAUCUGGCCAAAGUUCAAAGGGCAGUCUGUAUGUUGAGCAACACCACAGCCAUCGCUGAGGCCUGGGCUCGUCUAGAUCACAAGUUCGAUCUAAUGUACGCAAAGAGAGCCUUCGUGCACUGGUACGUUGGAGAAGGUAUGGAGGAGGGCGAGUUUACAGAGGCCCGUGAAGAUUUAGCCGCUCUCGAGAAAGAUUACGAAGAGGUGGGAGUCGACGCCCCCAAAGGAGAAGGAUGUCAUCCAGCCAGGCCAGAUCAUGCUGCGAGAAGAUCAGGUCCAGAGUCUUCCUCACAACCAUCAGGCCCAGAAUCUGACAGAGGAAACGGUCACAUGACAAUAGGGCAAACAAACGAGUAGCAGAACUCGCACCAUGACAGGGAAAAGGAUGGCGACCACAGUGGACUUGAGGAUCCAGAGGACGGCCAAACAGGUGAUCUGCACCAGAGUGAAGAGAUGCACGUGCCGCAGGGGGACGUGCCACAGGAAGACCAAAUCAGGCUGGUGCUUGGCUGGCAUGAGGAACAGCUUCAUCCUCUCCCAAAACUGAACAAAACAGGAAAGUCUGGUGAAAUCUACCAAAGGAAAUAUAUUUAUAUAAUAGUUCCAACUAUGUAUUAUUUUCUUUCUCUCACAAAAAGAGUUGGUAUAUAGUGCAAAACUACUUUUAAGGCCUU